AUGCUGUCUUUGUCCGCCAUGAUGCAGCUGGAGCUUCCUCACAUCAACGUGCUGUCCAAGAUUGAUAUGGUCAUGGACCACACCGAUGACUUGACCUUUGGCCUGGACUAUUAUGCAGGUGUCUCAGAUCUUUCGCAGCUGUUGUGGACGCUUCAGACGAACAAGCAUCCCCUCAGUGUGAAGUUCAAGGACUUUAACAGGCUGCUGGCAGAGCUUAUCGAGGACUACGGCCUCGUCAGCUUCGAGCCGCUGGACAUCGAGGACAAGGAGUGCGCACUCCGGGUGCUCGGUCGAUGCGACACGGCGAACGGGCACGUGAUGAACGCCGAGAAAGUGCAGGAUCCCAGCGAUCCUGUGGCCGGAAUCCGCAUGUUCCAGGCUGGGAUCAGCGACGCGGGAGAGUUCCUGGACGAAUAUCUUGAGCGCUACGAGCAAAGGCUGCAAAAAAAGCGGGGCUUCGCAACUGCAAAGGAUGUGGAGAGUCAGCAGCCGUCGAUCCUCAGCCAGGGCCGCACGAUCACGCUGGACUUCACCGAUGAGCAGCGACGAGUGCUGAACAACACCCUGGCCCUGAUCUCGAUCAUCAUCUACUUCUCCGCGACCUCCUUUGUCCCGAUCGUGAACAAGGCCAUCCUCACAUCAGCGGGCCACAAGUUCCCGUAUCCGCUGGCCACCGGCUUCCUGCAGCUCGGCUUCGUGUCCUUCAUGCUGACGGCCUUCACCUCGCUGAGGUACCUACGCAAGAAGCGCCGCGGCUGCGAGAUCUCUUGGGUCUUCGGCCCUCAUCUCGGGUACAAGCUGCGCACCAUCGCCCCGCCAGGCAUCGCAUUCGGCAUGAAGUUUGGUGUGACGAACUGGGGCUUGCGGAUGAUGCCGACUGGCAUUCACCUGCUCCUUCAGGCCUCAGAUUUGGCUUGGACCCUUAUGAUCGCCAAGUUUUGCCUGGAAGAGAACCCAGGCCGGCAAGAGAUCUUCGCAGCCGUCCUGUCAACUGCCGGAGCUGUCCUUGUCGCGUACCAGGGCACGCAAUCGGUAGAGGCACCGCUGAUUCCGGUUCUUGUGAACCUCCUGAUCCCUUUGAUGAUGGCGAUUGUUGUUGUGUUCUUGCGGCGCACCACCGUCGAGCUGCGCAGGCGAGAUAACUGCCUCGGUGGGAGGAUCACGCCGGCAGAGAUCACUGCGGUCAAGUUGGCUUUCUCCGCCUUUGUGUGCCUCCUGCUCGCCUGCCUGAUGGAGAACGGUCACGUGCAGCUUGCGACCGGAUCCGUUGAGCCGCAACAGCAACCAGCGUGGUGGGACGCCUUGUGCGCUGGUGGCCUCCCCACUCUGCUGACGGUUCUCUCUGGAGGGUGCGUGGUCACGAUUUUCCAGCUCAACCUGACCUGGCUGUCCACGAUGGUAAGCGCCUGUACCAUCGGCAUCAUCGGCGGGGCCAAGAUUGUUCCACAGUACUUCGUAAACGCUAUGGUCACUGGCCAGUUCAAGCUGAACGUUUUGGACGUCAGCGGCGUUGCGCUGGUCUGCUCAGGAGCUUUGCUGUACACAGCAGCACGUGUUGAGGUGAAGUUCCGUGGGUUCAAGGGGUUCAAGGGGUUCCAGGGGUUCAAGAGGGGGCCGACGGGCCCCGUGGAGCAGCGCGAGCCUUUGAUUCCGACGCUGCUUACCUCUGACACCAGCCUCGCAAGCAUCGCAACCAUCGACUUCAAGCGAAACAAGACCCAGAUCAUCAUGGAUGAUGAGAGUGACAGGAGCGACAGGGAGGCUGAGGAGGAGGAAAGAGAGGUGGCCCCGAUGCUCUUGCGCGCAACCACCUUUUGA